CCUAUAACACCACAGGGUACCCAUAUAACAGAAUCAAACCCACGUGGAGUAAAAAGGCCGAGGAAACCUGGUAACACGAGUUCGGACAAAAAAUGGCGGAGCUUGAGUCAAUCCUGCUAAAACUUCUGGUCCCUGACAACACCGUCAUCCAACAGGCUACGGUGGAGCUCAAAGAAGCAUUCAAACACCCGGCCGUGAUACCAUCUUUGAUGAGCAUAUUGAGUACAUCACAAAACCCUCAGGUGCGCCAAUAUGCGGCUGUCCUUCUCAGAAGAAGAGUAACAAAGCAAUGGACAAAGCUUCCUCCAGAAAACCACCAGAUGCUCAAGCAGGGCCUGUUACAAGUGCUGACCCAAGAAUCUGUCCCCUUGGUCCGGCACUCAGUUGGACAGGUUGUCAGCAUGAUUGCAAAACACGAACUCCCUGCCGGCCAAUGGCCAGAGUUACUGCUCUUCUUGCAGGAGUACGUACGUAGCCAGGAGGCUGCUAACAGGGAGAUGGGGAUGUUUGUGCUCAGCUCAGUGACAGAAUCUGUUGGAGAACAACUUCGUCCGCACUUCCCAUCACUACUCUCACUUUUCUCUACCACACUCGAAGAUCAAGGCAGUCAGGUCGUCCCAUUCUAUACCAUAAAAGCUUUGAUGAAUCUGAUUGAGUAUGUGGGGACUGAUGAGAUUGCUCUGACAAGACCUCUUAUUCCUAAAGUGGUUAAUGUGAUCAAUGCACUUUUAUUUACAGACGAGGACAGGGCCUGUGAAGCAAUGGAAAUAUUUGAUGAACUGAUAGAGUCUGAAGUCAGCAUAGUCACUCCACACCUUAUUCCACUGGUGGAGUUCUCUCUUAAGCUUGCAAUGAAUAACACAUACAGUGAUAACACUAGAAUAAAAGCUCUCCACUUUAUUUGCUGGCUUGCACGCAUCAAGCCUAAGGCAUUAAUUAAGAACAACUUGUUGGUCCCCACACUUGCUGUGGUUUUUCCCAUCAUGGCCGCUCCACCAUCUGAAGAGGCACUAGACGAAGAAGAGGAUGACCAACUUGAGGAUGGUGCAGAGGCCAGUAAACCAUGUGCUGUCGCAUCUCAGGUCCUGGACAUUCUCGCUCUACACCUCCCCCCAGAAACACUUAUUCACCCCUUGAUGCAGUUUAUACAGCCAGCUCUGGCUAGUAGAAACCCAUAUGAAAGAAAGGCAGCAUUGAUCGCAUUAGCCGUGAUUGCAGAGGGUUGUGCAGAUUUUCUAAGAAACAGGUACCUUGAUGCAACACUCCAAACUAUCUGUACAGGUCUGCAAGACACCAACCAUAUAGUACAGAAUGCAGCUCUGUUUGCUCUAGGACAGUACUCGGAGCACUUACAGCCUGAAAUCAGUACGUACAGCACACAGAUCCUGCCUCUUCUGUUUAGCCACCUCGGCUACAGCACCAGCAAUAACAAGGACCAGUCCUCUAGCACCACUAGAACCUACUACGCACUUGAAACCUUCUGUGAAAACCUUGGUCAAGGGAUUAUUCCUUAUUUACCAGCACUAAUGGAUAAACUCAUGAGUGUUCUGUCGUCAUCACAAAAUAAUCAUCUGAAAGAGUUGGCAAUAAGCGCGUUGGGGGCAGCAGCAAAUGCUGCUAAAGAAAACAUUAUUCCAUACUUUAGCAGUAUUGUUGAGCUCAUUAAGACAUAUUUAACAAACCCUGGCACGACAGAAGGGAACCUUCUACAGGUUCAAGCUAUAGAUACUUUAGGUGUUUUAGCAAGGACAGUAGGUCCAGAGACUUUCCUUCCUCUGGCAGAUGAGUGCAUACAUUUAGGCUUGAAACUUUUGGAAGAAGACAGAGACCCUGACCUGAGGCGAUGCACAUUUGGACUCUUUGCAUCUGUGUCUACGAUUUUGAAAACUGGGAUUUCUAAGUUUCUACCAGACAUUAUGAAGUAUAUGAUAGACUCUCUUCAGUCAACUGAGGGUAUAGUGACUCAUUAUGCAACCGAUGAUGAUCCAUCAUUUCUACUCGAAGAUGAAGAUUUAGAUGAUCACAUAGAUGAUGAUGAUGAUGAUGAUGAUGACAUAACAGGUUACAGCGUGGAAAACUCGUAUCUCGAAGAAAAGGAAGACACUUGCAAUGCACUUGGGGAGGUAGCGGAGAGUGCUGGUGCUGAAUUUUUACCUUACCUCGAUGAAGCAUCGAAAGAAGUGUUAAAGCUUGUUCAGUUUCCUCACACAGGUGUGCGAAAGGGAGCUGUGACAGCAAUGGGUCAGUUCUGUUGUGUGCUUCAUAAGGCUUUGGAAGAGACAGGAGCAGAAGACAAAAUGCCUUUAAACCGUCUACUCACAGCCACCGUCGCUAUUUACGUCACGGUCAUCACCAAGGACAAGGACCGCUCUGUUGUCAUGGCAACUCUACAGGCUUUAAAUGAGAUGCUUAAAGCGAUUGGGGUCGUGGUUGUUUCUGGAGAAGGGCAUCUUGAGGGGAUAAUUGCGGCAAUCAGGGCCAUUUUUAUGCAACAGACAGGCUGUCAAGAAAAUGCAGAUGAUGAAGAUGAAGAUGAUGAUCAGCAAGCUGAGUUUGAUGCCAUGUUGAUAGAAUAUGCAGGGGAUGCAUUACCAGCCCUUGCCACAGCCAUCGGGGGGCAGAGGUUUGCACCAUACUUUGCAGGCUUCCUGCCAUUUCUUUUAAAGCGAACGAAAAGGUCGGCCUCUACAUCUGACAAAUCCUUUGCUAUUGGCACCAUCUCAGAGGUUGUGCUCGCUUUAGAGGGUGCCACAGUACCUUUUAUUCAGCACCUCUACCCAGUCUUCUUUGGUGCUCUGAAAGACUCAGAUGACGAGGUCCGCAGUAAUGCAACAUAUGGACUGGGGCUACUUGCCAUGAAUGGUGGUGAUAUCAUGCUUCCGCAUUACCCCGAGCUGCUAGAUGCUCUCUUCUCUCUCAUGAUGGUUGGGAAUCCCAAUCCCAGACUUACAGAUAACGUCUGUGGUGCUGUUUGCCGCAUGAUCAUGGCCAAUAGGUCAGCGAUACCCUUAGAUAAGGUUUUUCCAAUGCUUGUUCAAUGUUUGCCCCUUAAGGAAGACUUUGAGGAAAACUCUACAGUUUACUCAUGCGUAAUAGAACUGUUUAGUGACCAACAUCCACAGGUUAUGUGUAACCUUGCCCAGUUGUUGGGAGUCUUUGCAAGAGUUCUUCCAUCUCCUGACCUACAACAAGAGGUCCGUGUGGGACUGGUUACCAUGAUAAAGACUGUGAAUCAGCAAUUCCCAAAAGACUUUGAGGGUGUACUACAAUCUCUUCCCAUGGAGCAUGCCCAAAUUCUGCUAGCCGCAUCACAGAGCUAGUAUUGCAGAAUCCUCCUUGCAACUAUCGGUACUUCAAGUAAGGUCCCUACCCUAACCCUACAUAAAGUACUGGCCCAGAGGUCUUACAUGAAGUAGUGACCCUUGCAAAGGUUCAAAGGCAGAUAUAGACAGCAUUGGUGUAUUAAUGCUGUAAAAUUCCCAAUGUCCAUUUAUAUGGCAUGAGACAGGCUAUUCUGUGGGUUAUUCAGAGAAUUAUAGAAUUCUGUCGAUGGGAGUCAAGUUUGCAGGCUCAGGGGUCUUUUAUUGGCUACUAUUUAUUAGUGGUUGAACCACCAAUUUUCCCGUCACAAAUGUUCCCUGCACUGUGAAACUUUAUUUUGUUAAAAUCACAUUAAAAAAUAUUAUAAUCUAGUUACAUGCAUUUUAGUGACCAAUACUUUUGCGUUUUCCUUUAAUGGAAUUUUAAUGCCCAGUUUUAUAGGGUGAUCCUUUUAAAUGAACUACUUUCACACCACUAUAAACCUCAUCAAUUUUUCAUUAAAAAAAGGCUUGAAAAAAUUAUGAAAGUUUGAUGUAAUUUUGUUUGAUAGUGCUGUUUCUUUUACCACUUUGAUCACAAAAAUGAUAAUGACCCAGAAGCAUAUCAAAGCUGGUUGGUCUUUUAAUGCACUACAACAUUGAAUCAGGGACAAGGCAAAAUAAUAAUAAAUAAAUAGCUAAUGGUGAAGUGCAGACCUUAUGUUUUUCGAUCAAAAGUCUAGAUUUGAAGUCUUGAAAAUGGUCUUAACACCAGGAAUCCUGAAAACUGACUCUGUCAAAGCCUAGCUUUUGGGCUCAAGUUCCAUUAUAGGUAGCUUAUUGCAGUAAAUAUUAUUGUACGAAAAACAAAAAUGUGGAAAAUAAAAAAAACUUUGUGAAAAGAAAAA